AUGUCAUUAUUUUCAUUACUGAUAAAUGGAGGAUUGAGUGCUGUUGGAGCUGUGAUAUGUUAUCGAUUGAUUUUGACGUAUAUACCGAUUUUUAUUCAGAGGAAAAUGUAUGGAAAUGAUCAGAGUAAGGUGAGACAUUUGGAAAAUUGAAUUUAAUUUAAAAAAAAUGAAAUGUGACGUGGCAAAAAACGUGAAUUAUUUUUCCCUGUUUGCUAGCUGUCAUUUUUAAAUUUUGAUUAAUUGGAAGAGGUUUGAAAAAAUAUUCAUACAAAUCUUCAAGAUUCUCUAUUUUUUUCAGACAAGCAAUGAUCCAGUUCCUGAACCAAUGGGUGUUAUUUGUGCUGCUGUUUAUCUGAUAGUCAUGUUUAUUUUCAUCCCGGUUCCAUUUUUCGAAUGGGUUGGAUCGGAAACCGAAUUCCCAUACGCCAAACUAUUAGCCAUUUUAUCCGGAUUGAUUUCGAUUAGCACGGCGAUUUUAUUAGGAUUCGCAGAUGAUAUGUUGGAUUUGAGAUGGAGACAUAAAUUGUUGUUUCCAACGUUGUCUUCGUUGCCACUUUUGAUGGUUUAUUAUGUUUCGGGUAAGUGGAAUAUUGGGGACUCUUUCCUGGAAUUUUUUGAAACCUAUAUAAAUAUCAUAAAAUUGAGCUAGAUAUAAAAAUCGAGGAUUCGCAGUGACUACGAAACCGCGAUUCAUUAUUUUUAUCCAUAAAAUUGAGCUGGAUAUAAAAAUCGAGAAUUCGCAUUUCUAAUUUUUCAUAGGAUAGGUUAGGCACUAAUGUAUCGAAGUUUGAAAAUUCGUCUGAAAAUUUAAUUAUUUUUUGAAACAGUGAAUACAAAAACCCCAAAUCCGAUUUAUUUUUGCAGGCAAUUCAACAACUGUAAUGAUUCCUGGUCUUCUCCGUCAUCUAAUUCAUCCAUUCUUCGAUCUACCAAUCAGUGUGAAUAUCUCAUUUGUAUAUUAUAUUUUUAUGGGAAUGGUCAUUGUUUUUUGCACAAAUGCUAUUAAUAUUCUUGCCGGAGUAAAUGGAUUGGAAAGUGGACAAUCACUUGUUAUUUCGAUUUCUGUUAUUAUUUUCAAUGUUGUUCAGGUUGGUUAUUUAUUUAUGGAAAUUAUUAAAAGAAUUAUCACUGUGAAAAAUUAUUAUUUUUUGAAACCGAUUUUCCGCAGCUUUCAAAAUUAUUGUAAUAUUUUAUUUUCAGCUGAUUCGAGUCGAUUCUCAAUAUUGGCACCACUUGAUUUCUCUAUAUUUUCUUCUUCCAUUCACCGCUUGUACUGCUAUUUUAUUCCAUUUCAACAAAUAUCCAUCUCGUGUUUUUGUUGGUGACACUUUCUGUUAUUGGAGUGGAAUGACAUUGGCUGUUGUUUCGAUUUUGGGACAUUUCAGCAAAACUCUUAUGGUGUUUUUUAUACCACAGGUAGGUCGAAAGUUUUGGAAAAUUUGGAGGCAAAAAAAGUAACAGGGGAUUUUUUAACUUAAAAAAUCUUGAAAUCCGAAAAUCGAAUAUUUUUCCGUGAACUUUUGUAAACAGAAUUUCGCCAUGUGGAUUUUUCAGCUUUAAAAACCUUCAUACAAAAUGAACAUCAGUUUUCCAUCCCUUAUUUUUUGCAGACCUUCAACUUCAUUUAUUCUCUUCCUCAACUUUUCCAUUUUGUUCCAUGUCCACGUCAUCGAAUGCCAAAAUAUGAUGGAAAAUCGGACACUGUUUCAAUGUCAAAAGCGAUUUUCAAAAAAUCCGAACUCAAAUCGCUUGGAAAAUUAUCACUAUUUAUCUUCAAUUUAGUUGGUCUACUUGAAAAACGAGAAUUUGAAAAAGAUGGAGAAAUGUGAGUUUUUUAUUUAAAUUCUCAUACUAUAGUCUAGUUUAAUUGACAAACACACCAGCAAAAUUACAAACAUCAAUUUUGUGCGAAUACCACGUGCAGAGUUCCGUAAUACGUUUUUAAUGGUUUUACAAUCAGCUCACCACUGAUAAAAACACAAAACGAUGUUUGAAACAGUAAAAAUAGUUAUCAGAGAAAGUGAACGCAGGGUGCGGUUUUGAAAUGAUUUUUUGAGGGGUACUUCCACGCAUGCAAAAAAUAAAACGAUGAACUUUUUUUUAUUAUUUUUCCACGUUUUUAUUUCUUCUCGCCUCAAAACGAAUCUAAUUUGAUCUUGAAGUUUAAUAUCUAUCUAUUUCUGGCAUUUAUUAUUUCAUCGUGUAAACAUCUAUUUAUGAGCCUAUUUUAUAGGUUUUUAGUUUUUUCCCAUCAUCGCUGAUAAGAACAAAAAACGAACUUCCUGAUAUUUUUGCAGCUGGAUCGAGAUCAACAAUUUGACAAUCAUUAAUUUGGUGCUGAAAUUCUCCGGGCCAAUGCAUGAAAGUCGAUUGAAUCAAGUUUUGAUGGGAAUUCAGAUUUCUUGCUCAAUCCUGGCUUUCUUCAUCCGAUUUUAUCUUGCUUCACUGUUUUAUGAUGUGGUUAAUUAA